AUGGCGGAGUUGUGUAAGAGAUUCUACAGGAAUGCAAAGGACUGGUGGCUGUUUGGCUUCUACUUUUGUGUACCACUGCUCUGCACUGCUGUGUUCUACACUCUGAUGACCUGUGAGAUGCUCAACCACAGGAACGGCAGCCUUCGCAUCGCUCUCAGUGAGCACCUCAAACAGAGGAGGGAGGUGGCCAAAGCCGUUUUCUGCCUUGUCCUCAUCUUUGCCCUGUGCUGGUUCCCACUGCACCUCAGCAGGAUCCUGAAGAAGAUGGUUUACUACCAGAAUGACACAUCACGCUGUGAGCUGUUUAAUUUCCUAUUGGUCCUGGAUUACUUCAGUAUCAACCUUGCAACAAUCAACUCCUGCAUAAACCCCAUUAUUCUCUACUUUGUCAGCAAGAAGUUUAAAAACUGCUUCAAGGUAUAGUACUUCCCUAUAACAGAUGGGUAUUAAUGCAUGCAACACACUCAAAUGCUUACACUUUAUCCCUCUCUCUUACACACACACACUUCAGAUU